UCCGAGUCUGUACACGCGAACUCGGCGUGUCGACAUGUCUUCAAGUGUCAACACAGUCAUUAUUCUUACCCCACGAUUCGGUCUACGACACGCAGUACGGUCAACGCGUCAAUACAGCCAACGCGUAAUCUCCCGAACUUCUUUCAGAGCGUCAAGUAUUACAAGUUCUAUUUUUACUCGAAAUUCUUUGUUACUAUGGCAACAUGGAGUUUAUAGUCCCCGUAUUAUUGUUUCAUGUUUUUUGGCUACCGAUUCACCUAUUAAUCAUACUUCCGCACGUAGUCAGAAGGAAUCGAAUUCGUUGAGUUUGCACGGACGAAUCAUUUCGAGACCACUAGACACCUCUCCGGUGUUGUCAGGUCCGAAAACUGCGAUUGGAGAAUCGAAAUCGACAGUUGAACAGGCGAUAGAGAGUAUCAAAGCGAAAAAGUCGAAGACAAGUGUGGACAAAACGGAGGUUGUGGCGAAGAAGAGUGUGUGGGAGAGAGUGAAGCAUGAAGCUCUUCAUUAUUACAACGGAUUCAAGUUGUUGUUCUAUGAUGUUAAGAUAUCGUCUCGAUUGCUGUGGAAAUCGAUGAAAGGACAGACACUGACGAGACGAGAACGGAAGCAGUUUAUUAGGACCGUAUCGGAUCUUUUUCGGCUUGUGCCGUUUUCUGUCUUUAUUAUUGUUCCAUUCAUGGAGUUUCUUCUACCUGUGGUAUUAGCCAUUUUCCCUAGUAUGUUACCUAGCACGUUUCAGACAACAAUAAAGAAGAAGGAACGCAAGCAAAAGGAGUUGAAAGUUAAACUUGAGAUGGCAAAAUUUCUUCAGGAAACUGUGGAGGAGAUGGCAGUUGAAUCAAAGACGGGAAAAAGGCAGCAAGUUGUCACAGACUUGGCAAAGUUUUUUGAAAAGGUGCGUACCACAGGAGAGGAGAUCGCCACAGACGAUUUACUACAGUUUUCUAAAUUAUUUGAAGAUGAGCUAACUCUCGACAAUCUCACUCGCCCACAACUCAUUGCACUAUGUAAAUUACUUCUCUUACAACCAGUUGGCACAAGCAACUUUCUCAGAUUUCAACUCAAACUGAAGCUGCGACACCUAGAGGCUGAUGACAGGCUGAUAAUGAAGGAGGGUGUGGCGUCGUUGACUAAAUCGGAGCUUCAGGCGGCGUGUCAAGCUCGUGGCAUGAGAGCCAUCGGGAUGUCUGAACAUAGACUGAGAUCGCAGCUCAGCCAGUGGCUUGACUUGCAUCUCAAAGAGCAAGUGCCAACGUCGCUGCUGCUGUUGUCGAGGGCUCUCUACUUGCCGGAGAAGCUACCGCCGGAAGAUCAACUGAAAGUGGUACUGUCAACAUUGCCGGAAGAAAUGGUUGAGGAGGCUGAAAUAAAGGCUAAAGACAUAGAAGGAGCAGCUGUGGACAACAGAAAGCGAUUGGAAGUUGUCAUGAAGCAAGAAGAGAGAAUCAAGGAGGAAGAGGAAGAAGAGAAGACCAAAGAGAUCAAGAAAGAAGAAGCCAAAUCGGCAACAACUGCAGAGCAGGAAGAACUCAAAGACGUGGCUCCUGUUUUGACUCCAUCAGUUGGUGUUGCUGUUUUGUCAGCAUCUUCUGUUGAAACCUCUGCAGACGAAGUCGUAUUGUCCAAAGAAGAUCUUCGUGAUAUCAGUGAUGUUGUGUCAUCUCUUAAAAAGCCACUGUCCGGAGAAGAGAUCUCGCUCGAGGAGCUGAAAGAAGACAGAGAGGAAUUUCAGAGUGAUGUAGCUGACUUGAAGGCUGAGUGUAGUUCUGUAUCACCUGAUGAACAAUUAGAGGAAUCAGUCUCUGCAUCGCGUGUUGGAAGGCGAGUUGACCACAUGAUCAAUGAAAUUGAUUCCACUCUGAAGCAACUUCGACAGCAAGUGGAGGAGCAAGACACAACUGUUGCAGUAGGUGACAUAGUGACAACGAAAGACCUAGCAAAUGCUAUUAGAAUAACAAAGAAAACAUCAGAUGAGAAGAAGAUUCAGCGGAUAUGUGAAGUGCUGGAUGAUGACAAGGAUGGUUCACUGAGAGUGAAUGAUGUGAUUAAGGUAAUCGAAUUGAUUGCUCGCGAGGAUACUGACCUCAAAGCUGCACAAGUCUCCAGCAUGAUGGCUUUACUGAAGAAAGAAAAUCAAGUCAAUACCAAAAGUUUACAAGGGAAAAGCCCAUGAUGUGCAAGUUUCAUUUGUAUCUAUUUUGUGAAGAUGAUUAAUAUGUAAUGUCGGUGUUGCAAUCAAAUGUAAUAGAUAUACGUAUUUAUUACUAACCCCUCUGAAUGGUAGCACAGACUGAAAACAUGGAUCACAUAUGGAUGACACUGGACAAAUUGAGAUAGAUCUAGAGUUACUUGUAAUAUGCGAUUUUCAAUACACACAACAUUGUUUAUCAAU